CGGAGGUGGACGGUCUGAAAACCCUAGACGAAAUGGAAGAAGACGAUGAAGAUAUCUGCAUCGAAGACCUUCCAAUGGAGACAAACGGCCAUGAUCUCUCGCCUCUCGACAUGGACGAGCACGAUCGAGCUUGCCUCCACAGAUAACUGUUAAGAGCCUCUUGAAGGCAACAAGGAAUAGACACAGGGGACAAAGACAAAUCAAACUGCUGAAAAGAAGGAGACAAGCCAUCAAAGGAAACAAAAUUAGAGAUGGGAUGUUGAGUAUAAGAGCGUGUACCCUUAUAGAGAGCAAUGGGUAGAUCAUCUUCAUUUGACAGUAUCGGUGAAGACCCAAGAAGACACGUUGAGGCAGGUGACAAUGAUGUUGGAGGUGAAGAAAACUCGAAAGUCUUACUCACGGCUUCGUAUGAUCUAAAACUAAGAGAACUUCUGCGUAAUAUAUGUUCAAUUGAAGUGGCUGUUUAUUCAAGAGCUUCAAAAGAGUUUGUUAGAUUACUAAGAGGCGAUUCAGGUGGCGAACUGCUUUGUCAGUAUGUUCGGGCUUCUCCUUCUUGUAUGGAACUGAUGGAAGUUUGGAAGAUGCGGCAGGGAAAGCCUGGAAUGGCACACGUUUUAUCUUUAAUUUCAGCAAUUUUGGACCACCCAGAUGGUAAAUACCAUAUGGAGGAUCUUGCGAGACUUGCUAUCAGCCGAAGGCUUGAUAAACUUGCCCGCUCAAUUCUCACGACUAAGUUAGAAGAUGUCUAUGCAGAGCUGAACAGCAGAGAGGCAAAGCGCCAGAGUGCUGCUUUGUCACUCAUGGCAGCGGUUGUUAGGCGAGGUGUGGGUUUAGCUUCUGAGGUUGCUAAGAGCUUCAAUUUCAAGCUUGCAAUGUUUCCUAAGCUUGCCGAUGUUCAACCAAUGAAAGGAGGAAAGAAGAUGAAGCAUUCAACGAGACUGUCAUUUAUCGAAUUUGCGAUGUCAUUUUUGGAAGUCGGUAAUCCAAGGCUUUUGAGGUGGAUCCUUCAGCAGAAAGAUAUGUAUUUCGGGGUGCUUCGUGGGCUCAGCAGCGAUGAUGAGAAGACCGUUGUUUAUGUUCUGUCAAAGCUGCGGGAUAAGAUUCUUAGCCCAGAGUUGUUAGUGCCAGUGGGCCUUCGGAGUGUUCUCUUUGGGAGUGUUACUCUCGAGCAAUUAAGUGGCAUUUCUGGAAAUCCGAUUGGGGGCCCUGCUGCCGACAUGGCACAUGAGAUUCUCAUUAUGGUUUGUACUGAUCCAUGUAAUGGGUUAAUGCCAGAUUGGAAGCCUGGCACAAACCCAUUGAGGGGUAAUCCGAAGAGGCUAUUGGGCCUCAUGAAGAAGUUAAAGGCUACAGAAAUUGGACAUCACAAAGACCUUCUUCUGGCCAUUGUAAAUGGGAGGCCAUCACUCUGUUCGGCAUACAUGGAUGAGUUUCCUUACAUUCUUGAACCUCGUCCAACGCGUCUCUGGUUUGCUGCCAUUUCCCUUGCAGCGGACUUGAUUUCCUCUACUAUGGCGCGGCUUUCUUUUGCUUCACUUUGUUCUCAGUUCUGUGAUCUGCCUCUUCUGGAAGGUUUGGAGAUUCAAUGUAUUUUGAAAUGUAUCAUUCCUCGUGCAUUCACUCGGCUGGUAAUCAACAGGGGUUUACUUCACUCUGACUUUCUUGUGAAACAUGGUACCCUGAGGCUUCUUCUGGAGGCACUCAAGGCAUUAGACAAAUUAAUCGGUACUGUAAAUGUUGCACUGGAAAAUAUGCUUGUGGACGGACCUGCAGUUACCAUCCAUUCGGGGCUAUCCAAACUAAAUGGUUCGCUGGGGAUCGGUGAUUUUGGAAAUGUCGACAAGAGUCCCAAUAUUCAUGAAGUUGGCAAGUCUUGUACCUACAAUCUGUCAGUGCAGAAAUGGGUUUCUUUCAAGCAAGAAAUCCAGAAUGAACUAAGAGCAAUGCUGCCUGACCCUCAGGUCCUGUUUAAGUUGCUUUCUUCAUUGAGUCAUGGCCAGUCCAAAACAUCAGAAAUGAGCUUGAAGAGAUGUAGAGCAUCUGAAUAUUUGCCUGAAGUUAAAAGUAGUGAUGGUGUGAAGAAAUUGAGAUCUGAUUCCAUUGACGAAAAUAUUGAUAUUAUCAUUGGUGGGGUAAGUACAGAACAUAGUACUGCUACGCCUGGGGUUUGUGAAAAAGUUAAAGAUAACUUUGUCACAGAAGAAGCGGAUACUGAAAAGGAUCAUAUGAUUGUGGUAGCUGGAAUUUGGGGUUUACACGAGUUCUCUGCGAUUGGCAAUAAACUGAAGGAUGGAGGAACGUACUUCCACUCAAAGUUGCUUGACGUGCUCACUUUAUAUCUGCGAACUUUGCUGUUUGGAUUGGACGGAUCAUUUGACUUCUUUAAGAUUCUCCCCAGUAAUCCCUUAAUCUUACCUAUCAAUGUGCAGCAAUCUCUGUUGUCUCUCUUAAUAGAAUACAUUGGACAAUCUCCUGGAAGCAGUGUUUCCAUAAGGGUCCCUGAUCUGCUGUACAAGCAUUUGCAGUCAUUAAUUAACUUGUUGAUAUAUUCACCAGUUAAAGGCAUUCAAGAUCAAGCAUAUGUCCUGGCACGUGCAGCUAUGUUAAGUACUGGCGCCUUUCACAGAAAUCCCGCAGAAAUUGAUGCGUGGUUCUUAUUCUUACCUGGUUACAACAAAAACAAUUGUUCUGUGAGAAGCAAAGGAGAUGAAGUGUUCCGGGACCUUUCUGCUGCUGUUGUUUCAUUCUUUUGUGAUUCUGUUUCCACUGUGGGAAAUAACUUAUAUAAGCACCUGGAUCAUUUGCGCCGUCUUGUUUCCAAACUAGAAGUUGUUGAAGAUCUUUCUCUUGAUUUUAGCCCUCUCGUUGCCUGUAUCUUACAGAAGUGCCUCAGGUUACUUGAGUCAGACUCUGGAACCUUUAAGUUACCUGAGAGAUCAAUGAUCUCAAUAUAUGUGUGCAAUACAUUAAGUUCUAUCUUGCAGACUCAGGUUGAAGUGGGAUCAUUAUCUUUUCUUAUUGACUUGAUUUUAACUGAGAAACUUGAGGACCUCUGUUUCGGGAAAGAUGGUUCGAGGACUUCCCUUUGUGAAUGGAGGCCGAUUAAAAAUCUACAUCUUUUUGUUCAGAGCAUGUUUCAUCAACAGGCUUGUUGUAGUGUUUAUUCCUGCACAGAAGCGGCUACAAGUGGGGAUAGGCAUUCUAUCUUGAAAAUACUUCAUAAAGUAAAGAAGAUAAAAGAAAGUGGGCAUGUUGAUGGGUUAGAUAAAGUGGCCAUUGCCUUUUCCUCUGCGAUAUUGUGUGCGGAACCUGAUGAUCUGCUAGAAAACUUUCCAUUUCUCAUUACAAUUGCCCAACAACUUCUAGGAGAUAAUAUCUCAUUGCUGUCAUCUAUAUUUUUCCAUGAAAGGAAGCUUCUCUCUGGUGUUGCUAAUCUAUGGCCAGAUAUGUUCUUUUCCAGUCUGGAGAUGGUUGGAACUACAAUCUGCAGUAGCUACCAAAAAGAUGAUGCAUGUUUGCUGAGCACUGAUUUUGGCUCAGCAGACACUUCUGCUGUUGCAUUUAGUCUGUUUUUGAAGCACAUGCCUUUCCAUGCAUUGUUUUCUGCAAUGAUGACCUUUGGAAAUUCUGAUUUGCUGGGCUCCACCAAACUACUAGAUUUGCUUAGAGCUAAGCUGUCUGAAUGUUCGAUGGAUAGCUGCAUUUCUUCACUGCGUCUGGUGCUUUUCUGGGUCCAUCAGGUACAGCUAUCCUUUCGAGCCAAGCCAUCCAACGAAAUGGAGCGGCUGUUGGAGACUUGCUUUAUUCUCACUGAGCAUAUGCUAACCCGCCUUUUGGUAGUCCCAUCUGAUUUUGAUAGCUCAAAAAUGGAUGUAGCGAGUCCCAUGACAACAGGCAUUCAAGAAUUAGCUGAAAUCAUCUUUUGUCAUCCUGCAGUAGCUCUGUCAUUGUCACAUCCUUUUUCUUGUAAUAAGAAGCUUACGAAUGGAGAUUUUGGUGACAGUUUGGAGGGUUUUCUCAGUUUAUCGAAGCAGUGCAUUCAUUCGACGGACCAUCAUAUCUUGCAUCUAUUGAAAAGGGUUGCAGAUUAUAUGCUAUCUGUAGGAAAUGCUCAGAGUUCUAUAUCCAAACUCUUUGAUUCUGUCCACCGACCUGCUCUAAAUGCUUUCAAACUCCUGAUUCGGCAGGCUGUAUUGGUAUUCAAAAACAAAUUUGAUCAGUAUAUUAUGAUGAAAGAUUUGAUUCCUCUUCUCCAGAGCUUCUACAUUUUUCAUGCUUUGAUGUGCUUUGUAUCGCCCUUUGAGUUGCUGGAACUUGUGCAUUGGGUUUUCUGUAAAGCCGAUCAAAAUGAUCGUAUAGGUUGGACAUCUUCAGGGUUUUCUGUUCUCGCUGUUGGAUUUUAUAUUGCUGAUUGUGCUUUUGAUAUUCUGUCCAGUAAUUUGCACCAAAGACACACGGCAACAACAGCAUGCCAUUUAUUUCGGGAAAUGGAGGAUAUAAGUUUUGAUUUCAUGCUUCUUAAAGAAGUUUAUUAUAAGAUCAUCGACUAUGCCAUCUGCUUCAGAUUAGAAUGUGCUGAUUUAUGUUUGUUGAAAGCUGUGAACUCUGUGUACAGCUUGAAAUUUAUGCCACCCAAUACUGCUCUUCUCCCAUUAAGUAUGACAAUUUCAAGGAUGAUAAUCAGCAGCCCUCUCAAAGUGCUUAUUCAUUUCAUCCACAAGACAAGCAAGACAAAAGCAAAAGCAUUGUUUCAACUUACGGAAGUAAGCCCUCUGCAUUUGAGCCUCUUUGGGCAGAUAUUUUUGUACAUUCUAAACAAAGAUUUGCUGGAUGUGGAUAGUGUAGAUGCGGACUACAUAUUGCAACAAAAGGGUGAGGUGUUUUUAAAAAAAUGUAGCUUCACUCUUUCUGAUGAGGAGUUUUUGCUACUCUUGCCUGCUGCUUUGUCAUACUUGACUUCAAUCACGGUAAAAUUCGGAAAGCAGUAUGUGAAACACUUCAGAAGUAUUCCUUUCUUUUAUUCGAGGAUCCUUUUUGACGGUUUCUCAAAUUGGAAGAGCUAUAUCUCUGGUGACACGUUUCAGGAAGAGUACAAUGAAUUUAUACCAAAAUCUAUAGAGGCAUUUCUUAGCAUUUGCACCAGUAGCCUACUUGGAAAAGCAAUCCAUUUGUUGCGGUACUACUUCAGCUUAAAUGGGAACUCAAUGAGUAAUAAGAAACGGAUGAAAAUAUUUAAUUCUGUGUACCCACGUUCCAGCGUGCAUAAUGAGCUGCUAGAUUGUGAUCUCAGUGAGAUUGAUGUUCAGUCUCCUAAACAGUUGUUAAACUUCACAAAUGGCAUUGUUGCGAAGAUAUAUUUAUCAAGGAUGAUAUUGUUUCCUCAUGACAAAACAGUUCAAUUUCCUCCGAUGGCAAUAGAUUUAAGCUUGAAAGAGAUGCCUUUGGAAACAGAAUCUGAUGAUAGACUUGAACUCACAAAACUGAGAUUUAUGAACAUAAUGAUCAGUGCUUUGGAUAAAAUUGUCAAAACAUUUCCUCUAAGACCUGGUGACUCUAAACAUUUGAAUGGUUCAGUCUGCUCUCAGUUCUUCAGAUGCUUGGAAGUCUUCAUUCUCAGAAACAUUGUUGAAAUCUCCAUGGGGAUGCAAAGUGAACUUAUUCAAUUGCAUGCAAUUCCUUUUUUAGAACCAUUUAUCCGUUCAUCUCUUCUGCAUAGGUUUGAGGAUCCUACUACACUGAAAGCACUCAGCGGCAUUCUCGUUUCACUAUCGGAAGGGAAGUUUUCCUCUGGUGAAGUUUUUGAGCUGUUGCUUGCUCAUUCACAAUUUGUCCCUACUAUUCUUUGGAGUGAUUCAACCUCUGAUUCAUCUGGUCUUUCUCAAUCUGGGACGUUUUGGCGCCCUAUAUCCAGCAUUCUGAAAUUGCUUGUCCUCCCUUCUACUAAUCAAAGUGCAGCAUAUGCCAAGAACUUAAGCGAAACAUCAUCCGAACAAUAUUCUUUAUAUGAGAGAAAGUUGGAAGUAAUCAAAUUACUCAGAAUUCUGUAUCGUUUAAAGGCUAAUCAUCACAGUGCUCAUCCUGGAAAACAUGCUUGCAUGAAUUCGAGAGAACUGCUUUCUUUGCUUUUGUCUGGUUAUGGUGCUACUUUGAAUGAAACUGAUUUGGAGAUAUUCCACCUUAUGUAUGAGAUUGAGUCCAUUGAAGGAUCAGAAUGUGGAAGCAUAGCGGAUAUGGAUUAUCUAUGGGGAAGUUCUGCUUUAAAACUUAGAAGGGAACAGAUGCUUGAAAGAUUCCUGUCUUCCAGUAACCUAGCUGAUUGUGAAACAGCUGAAGAUCGUCAGAGAAGGCAAUACAGAGAGAACAUUCCAGUUGACUCCAAGAUAUGCAUUAUGACAGUACUGCACUUUUGCCAUGACAGGGUUUCAUGGACUGGACCCAUGCCCCUGGAGAAGCUCCAACUGGAUCAAUUUGUGGAUUCAUCUGAGCAGACUCCAUCUGCAAGUGCAGGAAGGAUUCAACGAUAUGAUCCUGCUUUUAUCUUGCGCUUCUCAAUUCAUGGUCUGUCGAUGGGUUACAUUGAACCUGUGGAAUUUGCUGGACUAGGCCUACUUGCAGUUGCAUUUGUUAGCCUAUCUUCCCCAGAUGAAGGAAUACGGAAAUUAGGUUACGAGGCCCUUGGCAGAUUUAAGAAAUCCUUGGAGAAUUGUCGAAACAUCAAGGAUGGAUUACGUCUUCGGCUUCUUUUAACAUAUUUGCAAAAUGGGAUAGUGGAGCCUUGGCAGAAAAUUCCUUCCCCGAUGGCUAUUUUUGUUGCGGAAGCAUCCUUCAUUUUGUUGGAUCCUUCACAUGAUCAUUACCAGACCAUUAGUAAAUUUUUAAUGCGUUCUCCUCGAGUUGAUUUAAAGAGUAUUCCAUUAUUUUAUACUUUGUUCGGGAGUAGUUCUGUCCAUUUCAAAACAGAGCGUUUGUGGAUUCUUCGCUUGUUAUAUGCGGGCUUGAAAUUAGACGACGAUGCUCAAAUUUUUAUGAGGAAAUGUCUUCUUGAGCACUUGUUAAGUUUUUAUGUUUCUUCUCUCUCUGACAAUGAAUCGAAAGUUUUGAUUCUUCAGAUAGUGAAGAAGUCUGUUGAAUUUCAUAGGCUAGCAUAUUACCUAGUUGACCAGUGUGGUUUAAUUUCAUGGUUAUCAUCUAUCCUCUCAUUUUCUCGGGCAGAGCUAUUUGGAGAUCACAAGGACUUUUGUUUGACACAGACAACAACUGUUUUAGAGGUUGUCAAUGUUGUUAUUUCCGCGAGAAUACUUGUAGAAUGGCUGCAGAAGUAUGGCCUCGAGCAAUUAUCAGAACUUUCAUUUCAUUUGCAUACUCUCUUUAUAAGCGGGUUGAAGUCACUGAAGGAAAAUGUUGAAUUGGUAAAUUCUAUUUUUGGCGUAUUGGUAUCAACUUUGAGGAUUUCACAAAAAAGAAAGAUAUACCAACCGCAUUUUACCUUAACAGUGGAUGGGCUAUUUCAAAUAUUUCAAGCCGUUGAUGAAUUCAGUGGCAUGAGAUUUGGUCUUACUGCUGAAUUUGGUUUGAAAACCAUACUAAUGAGCACACCACCAGCAAUCAUAUUUCUCGUGGAUAGAGAAAAACUAUCAAAGCUUCUCAUGUGGGCAGUUCCUACUGCUUUACAGGCAUCUCUGCCCAAAGAAUUUGAUCCACAUUUGACAUUGUCAGAGGAACAAAGCGAAGACUCUCUGAUUUCAAAGCUUUUACGCUGGCUGACAGCUUCAGUAAUUCUCGGGAGGGUUUCAAGCAAAUCUAGCAAAACAAGUUUCUCUCUUCCUCGAGAACAAUCAAGAAUAGAAACUUUACAAUCUCUACUGGAACAUGUCAACAAAGGAUGGAUUGAAAGUAGGGAGAAUGUUCGUGGUAUUGACGAGGUAGUAGCUGCUACACUUUUGUACCUACAACAACUUAUUGGAACAAACUGCAGAGUGCUUGCAUCAGUUGUUUCUGCGCUUUGUUUAUUACUCCAUUCUGAUGCUGCCAAUUCAACAGGUCUUGAUGAUGCAUCGGACCCAUUGAAUGAUGAAGACAGCAGUCAUACCCCAUUUCUAUGUUCAAAGAUACGUUGCCCAGUUGAAGCUAAUCCUUCUUGGAGAUGGUCAUACUAUCAGCCAUGGAAGGACCUUUCAUGGGAACAAACAGAUGAACAGAAGAUUGACGAACGUCAUGCUUGCCAGACCCUUCUUAUGAUGUUUUCAAAUGCUCUUGGUGGGAAAGCAUCUGGUCUGCCUGUUUUAUCGCAUCGAGAUGUGGAAAAUUCUGGUUUGUGUAUGUGGGAAAGAGAGAUUAUUCUUAGAAGUGAAUGAUGGCUUUUUAAGGCAAAUCAGAUGGAUUUUUUUUUUCCCUUGAUCCACAUCCAAUGGCCUUGAUUGCUCAGAAUUAUUGACGAUGGAUGAUGGGAUGAUGAUUUGCCUUGUAAUUUUAUUAAAUAGUAAUUAUUUUAUCAAAAAUCAAAAUAUAGUUUUGUAUAGACAGGCAUGUGUUGAAUUGCUUGGGGGUUGGAGGGGCUGUGGAAGUGGAAACUGAUACCCUGAUUGAUUGCAGUGUGAGACGCUUUUAUCAUUUA